AAAUUUACUGAUAAUCGCUUAAGGAAACUACAUGACUGUUUUGUGGGCAUUAAACUGAUCAAGUUAAAUGCCUGGGAUAAUGUGUUUAUAAAGAAAAUAAAUGAAGCCCGAAAACAGGAACUAAAAUAUCUCAACAAAGAUUCUUUCUAUUGGACUAUAAUGACCAUUUUGACACAUAUCUCUUCGGUUUUAAUCACUUUUGUCACUCUCUCGGUAUAUGUUUACCUUGAAACUGGAGCUGAAUUCACCGCCAGUCGUUUAUUUUCCGCCUUGGCUUUAUUUCAACAACUUACCGUUCCUCUACUAAUAUUUCCCAUUACCGUGCCCAUUAUAUUAUCUGCCGUAGUCUCUACCAAACGUUUGGAAACAUUUUUAGCUGCCAACGAAAUACAAAAACAAUUUGAGGGCAUACGCAAUAUGGCACGUAUACUAAGUAAAAGUGACGCUUCGCUCGAUAUGUAUGAGAUCAAGGAUAAAUCACAAUCGCUACCCUCAAAUAUAACGUUAAAAAAUGUUAAUGAAAAACCUAAAAUAAAAAUAAUUAUACCCGAUAAACCAGCUCCCUUGGCGAACUCAGAACCUCAUACUCCGCUAGUGAUAAGUGAAUCAAAAGAGCCAUUACGUUUUGCUGAAGAUCACAAGCGAUUGUCCUUACAUGCUCGCAAAGAACUAUUGCGUAAUACACCCUAUGUAGUGAUAAGACCGCGUAAAUUACAUAUGCCCGGUUUGCAGACUCAAGCUGUGACAGCUGCCCACAAUCCAACUAAUCCAGUUACAACGAAUUUACAUCGCAAAACUGAUUCUUGGCAUCGUGAUUCGUUACUUUUGAAAAUGCCUGAUGAUAUAGCGGUAUCGGUAAAGGAUUGUAAAUUCUCUUGGAAUCCUCAGAAGUUGACGCAAAUUUUAUAUAUACGUGAUAUUGUUAUACCGCGCGGCAAGUUGACCAUGAUUGUGGGUAAAAAUGGCAGUGGCAAGACGUCUUUGUUGUCGGCUUUAUUGAUGGAAAUGCCUUUGAUAUCGGGUGAUAUGAUUUGGAACAA